AUGAUUUUAAACCGUCAAGUACUAUUACCAAGUCCCAUCGUUCAUGUUAACAGGCUAUCUGCCUUGACUUUAUGCGCUGCAGGGAAUCAUAUUAGGGUGUAUUCUACAAGCAGGACAAGUAUUAAACCAUGGACUGAGUUGCAAAAGAAACUGGAAGCGUGUUAUAGAGCCAGUGUACCAAAAUGGAAAGAGACUUUACACCAAGUAAGCUACUACUCAACCCAGAUAAAGUAUCAUUUGGAUAAAGCCAAACAGUCUUUACGAGAAACGAACCAGAAACUCUUGGAACAGGAAAAGCAGCAACAGAAUACGAACUUGAGCUUCAACGAGGACCUAGAAAAUAAGUCAAAAAUUGUUGGCUUGCCAUCAGAACGCGAGCGUAAAAGGUACCUAUGGUCAAGGAAGUUGGAGUUUUAUUUGGACUCUUUACAAGAAACUAUCUUUACUGCUACUAAGGCUCUAAAUGAUGUUACUGGGUACUCUUCAAUUGACAAACUCCGCAAAUCUAUCGAAAUGAUGGAAUCACAACUAAACGAAGUGAAAUCGGACCUAGAACGUCUACGUGACGUACAUCACAAUGCUGUUGCCGUCAGAAACCAGUCACAGAUCCAGGUAAAUGAACUACUUCAAAGGAAACAUAUGUGGACUCCCGAAGAACUAGACAGGUUUACCAAGUUGUACAUUGUUGACGCUGAAAAUGCAAAAAAGGAAGAAGCAGCUAAUGCUGAACUAAAGGCAGUGGAAGCAAAGGAGAAAGAGUUAUCAAACCUCCUCCACCGCGCUAUUUUAACGCGGUACCACGAAGAGCAAAUCUGGUCGGACAAAAUUCGGAGAACAUCCACCUGGGGUACUUUUAUUCUAAUGGGAAUCAACAUACUCCUAUUUCUGGUUUUCCAGUUGCUCUUAGAACCCUGGAAACGUCGUAGAUUAACUCGAUCCUUCGAAGAAAAGGUUAAGGUAGCACUAGAACAAACUACAAUGGCACAGAAUGGGUUUCAAUUCAAAGAAGCUGCAGUGCAAUCUUCAGUAUUACCUGCUUCAGAACAAUCAAUUUCUCCAGAACCUAUUCCACCACUAAUUGAGAACCGCGAUGAAAUAACACAUUCUAGUACUGCUCUACAGCCAAUUUCGUUAAGUUCAUUCUCUGAUUUUAAGCACUCAACCUAUACUAAUUUGCAAAAUAUACAAAUCUGGCUAGGUUCACUACUUCAUAAACUAUAUUCCAUGAAUUACUUGGCCUACCAAGAUCAAACUAACCUAAGCAUAGGCCAAUUUCACGUAUAUUCAGGUGUUAUCUUCAUCUUCGGUAUACUUCUGGGCUCUUUAGUCAGUUGA